AGCCAUACGCCCAUACCCCCACCGCAUUAAUGAAGCUACCAGACCCUCCACCGCUGAGCCCUCGUUUAUAAGCCUUUUACCCCGUCGCUCCCCUCCCCUCAGAACCAUUUCUCGCCUCUAGGAUCCCGAUGCUCCCUCCCGGUCCCUUCCCCGACUCACCGGAGCCCUAUUGGAAGUGGCUGCAAGCUCUCCGGUGAGAUGAUGGAGCUGCCGGUCGCCGCCGCCGCCUCUUUCCCCGUCGUCUUCUUCGACGGGGAGCGGGAGGUUGAGAUCGGCACCGUCGCCGUCCACCCCGUCCUCGGAUUCAAGAAGUUCCAGGCCGUCAUCAGCCAGAAGAUCGGGAUCGCCCCCCACCAGAUCUCCACCUUCCUCGUCCGCCGGAAGAAGGCCCGCGCCUCGCCGGAUGUCCGCCGCAAGGUCCCCAUCGACGAGUCCUCCGACUUCGCCGCCAUCGCCCGCGAGCGCGACUGUUUCGUCCUCGCCGUCCUCCGCCGCUCGCGCCGGGAGAGGCGGGGCCGCUCCCGCCGCGGUCACCGCCACGAUGCCGCCGUUUCCGGUGGCGGGGAGGCGGACGCCGGUCAAAAGAAGGCCGUCUCCGUCGCCGCCCCCGCCGUGCCGGAGAAGACGAUCCUGAGGCGGAAUCCGGCGGGAUCCCGCUUCGUGGAUCCGGCGCUCGCGGCGCUGAUGCCGGAUGUCAUCGCGCUGGGGCCCUGCGACUGGGACUACGAGAGCCAGCUGAGGGAUCUCCAGCGGCAGAGGGAGAAGUACCUCCUUUCCAGGGCGGCGUACUACCCGUACGCCGCGGCGGAGAGUCGAUACGCGUGGGACGCCGCGAAGAUGAGCGCGACCACCGAGGGGGCGGCGAUGGCGCGGCCGGGGGUGUGCGAGGAGUGCGAGGAGGCGAAGGAAGAGGGGCGGCCGCCGGGGUUCCACUGGUGCGUGAACGACGCGGUCACCGUUGGAUUCCGGUCGCCUGUGGGGCCCAUCCAGCGGCCUCGCAAGAAGCAUUCUUCCGCUUCGAUGACGAUCGACGGAUGAGAUUCGAUCGUCCCCUCUUUUUGCUUUUUUUUUUUAAUAUAUAUUAUUUAAUUAUUAAAGUAAGAGAGAGAUGAAGGAGGUGAGGGGAAGAGCUUGGGAGGUUGGCUAGGUUUUUUGAUGCACACGGGGAUAGUCAUAAAACUUCGGGCGCGGGUAUCGUAAUCGAUUCGGCGCGUUGGAUUGGAGGACCGGAGCCCUCUUCUGGUGUGUGGCUUUCGGGUCGGCACAUGAGUUUAUUUUGGGAUCAUAAAAUUGUGUUUUUUUUUUUGGAUAAUAGGGUUUGGGGUUAUUAAUCACGCAAGGGGUGGAGUAAUGAGGAGAGGGAGGGUUUCAUGGAUGUGAUUGAUGUUGGUGGUGAUUAGUUGAGGUGGUGAGAUACUUUUGUUUCAAUGCGGAGACGUUUUGACUUUGGCCUUUUCUUUGCUUGAUAUCGCAAAAGAUUGUUCUUGUUUGCACUAGUUUGUGAAAGUGAGCAAAUGAGAGUGUCAUUUUCCUCCUAGUUUAUUAAUAUACAAUUGCCUUUUCAAAUGUUCUGAUU